GCUUCAAAUAUUCCCGUUGCUUCUUCCCUCCCGUCCUCCUCAUCAUCGCUACUCAACCAGCAGCAAAGAGCCUCGCAGUUCAACGAUGUCUUUGUAGCUUUAGCUAGCUUGAAGUUAAAUAGCACCGUUAAAAAACAACUGUAUCUGGCGGACACCGCUGCCUCAAACAGACUUUUCUGCUUCCAGCACCGACCGGACUCUCCUUGGGGAGAAAAGGCGCCUAGUGGGGCUUCAGUGCGGGAAAAAGGUGGAGUGGUGGAGAAGAGGACUGAGCUAAGUCGGGCGUGGUAGCGAGAGAGAGAGAGAAAAAACUCAUCUUUGUUAGAAAAACUUCAAAAAGUAGCAUCCACAAUGUCGCUGUCGGUACCGCAGAACGGAGUAAAGGCGGAUAACGAGCCCGUUAUCGAGCUGUUUGUGAAGGCGGGAAGCGAUGGAGAGAGCAUCGGGAACUGCCCCUUCUCCCAGAGGCUGUUCAUGAUCCUUUGGCUCAAAGGAGUCGUCUUCAACGUCACCACAGUGGAUCUCAAGAGGAAGCCUGCAGAUCUUCAGAACCUGGCCCCGGGCACGCACCCGCCCUUCAUCACCUUCAACGGCGAGGUCAAAACUGAUGUCAACAAGAUCGAGGAGUUCCUUGAGGAUGUCCUCUGCCCACCCAAGUUCAUCAAACUUGGUGCAAGACACCCUGAGUCCAACACAGCCGGUAUGGACAUCUUUGCCAAGUUUUCAGCCUAUAUCAAGAACUCAAAACCAGAUGCAAAUGAAGCUCUGGAGCGCGGGCUGCUGAAGACACUGCAGAAGUUGGAUGAGUAUCUUAGCUCACCACUGCCCGACGAGAUCGACCACAACAGCAUCGAGGACAUCAAGGUUUCCACCCGCAAGUUCUUGGAUGGAGAGGAAAUGACUCUGGCCGACUGCAACCUGCUGCCCAAGCUGCACAUAGUCAAGGUGGUGGCCAAGAAGUACCGAGGCUUUGACAUCCCCAAAGAGAUGACGGCCAUCUGGAAGUACCUGAACAACGCCUACACACGCGAAGAGUUCACCAACACCUGCCCCAGUGACAAAGAGAUCGAGAUCGCCUACGCAGACGUAGCCAAGAGGCUGGUCAAAUAAGCCUCUUCUGUCCUGACCCCCCCCCUCCUUCUAUCCCUCACCCCUUACCCCACCCACACACACACACACACAUCCCUACACCUCCUCUCCCCAGCACCAGGACUGAAGUGCUCAUUCACGAGAAAGAAAAACUCUGGACAUCUUUUCCUUCUCUCCUCAUCUAGAGCGAACCCCCCCCUGCCAGCGCAUGAACCCUCCUUGAUCAUUGUUUUUUUUUUUUCUUUUUCUCCGAUUACAUGAAGAUCUCUAUUAGUUGAUUCAGCAAAAGUCACUAUUGUUCCAUCUUUCAACAUUAAUUGCUUUUGUUUUUCAUUUGCCAACGAAUGUUGUGAGGCGCUUUGAGAUGCGGAGGUGAGGGAGAAGCAGUCAGACAUGCGUAUCAGUGCUUAUCAGUGUCGGGAGCCCACUCCCUGAUAAGUGACCUUUUUUAAGCUGACCUUCUCUGUGUAUGCAGGGGAAAAGGUUGCAAGCUGUUGUUAAUUUCCUGUUGUCUGUUUAAUAUUGAAAAUGCUCUUCUUUCUAGGAUUGCUAUAAAAAUGAACACUGAGAAGCAGUUUUUUUUUUUUCUGUCUUUUUGGCUUAUUAAGAGGUGUUUUAAACAGUGUUGAAGCUUCAGUGCUUCUUGCUCAAGUAUUAGACAGGUGUAAGUAGAAGCUGAAGCUAACCCAAACCUGAGUGGUUGACAUAUCAAGCAAGAGAUGCUUUAUUUUUAACGUCGAGCUGUUUAAAAUAAGUCAGCGUAAUUGUAACUGCAGGUAAAGCUACCUGGUGUCCAUGCUCUGAUUUCUUUACUGCCUCAAACGGGCAAAAACUCUUGUAGCUCAGCUCAGUAGAAUUGUAGGAAACGACCUGUACCGGCUGCAGAAGUAUCAACUCAGGAACAAUAUAACCUGAGGUCUAAAGAAAUAUUCAUCCACAUGUAGCUUGCAGACCUGUUCAAGGAUGUAUAGACUGUCAAGACUGGCCUUUUAUCAAUCACCACAUUGCCAUAGAAAAUUUCCAAAUAAAAGAGAAGCACAGAAAAGCGAGCUGACUCCUCUUGUAAAGCAUGAAGGAAGUCCGUUCUUGCUUCGUGCUGACGGUAGCAGUAGUUUCGAUUACACAUCGCGGACCAAAAAAAGGGCACAUUAUUCUGAUCUCACUGUGGAUAGGAUGACUCCGACUGUGUAAACUAGUGAAGUGCAUAAAAAAAAAGAAACCUCACACUCUCUCUUUGUCCAUAGCAUACAGAUGGGAGGACUGUAAUGUGCGGUCAGGCACCAGGAAGAAAGAUGACACUAAAGAUAUUUAUGACAAAACAAAUCGAGGAGAGUAGCAAUGUAAUAAAUACCUGGUCAAAUUCCACCCUGUCUUCAGUAUGUGUAUUGAUCUCUAAGGUAGUGAAUGUAUGUUACGAUACAGUAGCUCCAAAAGUGCUUUAGUGUGGACAAAGCAAAACCUGUUUUGUUUUCUCCCGUUUUGCCAUGUAUUUGCGGACAUUUUGUCAUGAGACAAAUUUGAUAAAAAACACAAAAAAAAAAAGGAAUUGUACAUAUUUGUUUUGAUUGCUCAGAAUUCAUUGUGUAAAUUUUAUACAUCUCGCCAGAGUUUUGAGGAAAACGGGCCGUUCCUUGCCUGCUUGGAUUUUAAUUUUAGAUGAACCAUCUUCUCUUUGCCUUACCUUGUUUUCUCUCUGCGGAUGUUUUGCAGGAAGAUUUUUUUUUUUUUCAAAGAUCAUUUCAUUACAACAUGAGUGUGAUGUUGUACAAAGAAAAUAUCCGAGCUAUGUCAUGGCUUUUUUUUUUUUUUUUAACAAUAUUGACUGAAUUGAAAUAAACUUCUUAUUGGCACUUGU